AUGUCUGAUAAAAAAAGGAUUUAUCUCAGUGGUUAUGCAAAACGAAAAUUAAAGAAGGAGUCCGAAGAUGCACUAUUUAAUAAGUCAAAUAAUUCAAGUUUUAUUAAUCCUGGUUUUAACAACUGGAAAAAAUGUCACGAAAAAGUUAAAGAACACGAAAAUAGUGCAAUUCAUCGUAAAUCAAUGUUAACUUGGUUAGAUCGUGUAAACGCUAAAAAUCGUAUAGACAAAACUAUGGCGGAACAAAUGUUGAGUGAAAAAAAGUAUUGGGUUGAAGUGUUGCGCCGUGUAGUAUCUGUUGUUAAAUUUUUGGCUGUUCGUGGGUUAGCAUUUGAGGGUAAUGACUCGCGGUUGGGUUCUUCGAGUAAUGGAAAUUUUCUCGGAAUUCUCGAAGUCAUUUCCGAAUUUGAUCCCUUUUUAAAACAACACAUGAACGAACGCGCUAAUAAAGGACCAGGGAAUGUAUUUUAUAUUUCGAUGCGAAUUUGUAACGAAAUAAUUGACCUAAUGGGAAAUGAAGUUUUAUUGGAAAUAAUUAAGCAGUUACAAGAAACUAAAUAUUUCGGUCUAAUUUUAGAUUCUACACCAGAUAGAGCACAUAAAGAUCAAUUUGCUGUUAUUGUUAGAUACUGUUAUAAAGGGUUAGUUGUUGAGCGAUUUUUAACAUACAUACAUAUAUUAAGUCAUACUGGCAUUUCGAUGGCCGAAGAAGUAAUACAUUUUUUGGAAAAUAAUAAUAUUAAUUUGCAACAUUGUAGAGGUCAAUCAUACGACAAUGCUAAUAAUAUGACUGGUAUAUAUGAGGGUUUACAGGCUCAAAUAAAAAAAAAAUGCAGUGUUGCUUUAUUUGCACCUUGUUUUGCUCAUUCCCUAAAUUUAGUAGGGACACAUACAGUGAAAUGCUGUUUAGAAGCAAUACAUUUUUUUGGUAUUGUUCAAAAACUGUAUGCAUUUUUUGUGGCCUCAACACAUAGAUGGAAUUUGCUUUUGACUGGUUUACAAUCGGAAGAAAAAAAUAAAAUAAUUGUUUUGAAAACUUUAAUUACUGAACUUGAUAUAAGAUUAAACGCAUAUGAUAAUCUUUGUAGUAUUUUUGGGUUUAUUACAAAAUUCGGUUCACAAUUAUUAUCAGAGACUUCUGCCGACAUAUUCAUUAGCACAUUUAAAGAUGAUAUUGAUACAAUAAAUAUAAGACAAAAGAUUGUGCACUUUUCUAGUUAUUUUCGAAUUGUGAAGCAGAAAGAACAAAUUCAAAAUUAG